AUGGCAUCUUCAGGGCGUUCGGUGGCAAAGUUGGAUAUAUUACUGCAUGACCCAAUGCCAAACAAGCAGAAUUUUAUGGACUUGACAACGGACAGUGGCUUUUGUUUGGCACUCACUGCCAUUCUGAACAUGAAGUUUGACAACAGCUUCUGCGUCAUUGGGCUAUUAUGUUCCAGCUUCGUUGCCAUCAAUGCUGGUACGCAUCUGAGAUCAUUGAUCAAUCCACUGGGAGAUGAAUCCCGCAGUCAUGUUCGGCUGGGAAAUUGUCUUGCUAGCAGGGUGGCUCUCCUUUUGAUGGCCUUGCAGGCGGUGGGAGCUGCGUGGAUGGUAGAGCAACCCAUCAGCAGCCUUGCUUGGUACCAUCCCAGACUACGACGCAUCUUACGGACUUUCACAAAGGUGUAUGUCUGCCGAUGGUGGAUGGGUCAUUACAAGUCAUGCACACCUAAACGACAUAUCUGCUGGUCAAAUUCCAAGAAGAUCGGUGGUUUGGAUAGAGGCUCCCUAACGAAGGAUCAACGAAAGGAAAUCCGUCGCACUGGGGUGAAGAGUGCAAAAGUGAAGACCAACAAGAAGGGCAAGAAAUCUUACUCGGGCACCUCAAGCCUUCGUGCUACUGGGACGUAUCCACCACACUUUGGCCUUCGCUUGGUGAAGCUUUUUCCCUUUCUUGUGGAGAACAAGUCCCCGGCCCCAGAGAUCCCUGCCUCUUUUGCCGAAAUGGAAACAAAGGAUUUCUUUGAUGGCCUGCCAUGGGGUGAUGAUGUUUGGGAGGAUGCUGACAUGGUAUCCUGCCUAGCUUAUGUUCGGGGAAAUCGUGACCUCAACAUUGGGGAAUGGCGAGAUUCCUUCCCUGAAGCGUUAACAGCCUUGGGUGAGCUGUUGAAGGCUGUUGCAUCGGAAUAUGAAAAGGCAAUUGCCUCACUGAAGCAACAGAAUGCUGAAGAUGGGGAUGCUGAGGCAACUGAAGCGGAGUUGGCAGCUGCCAGAAAGAAAUCUGCGAUGGACCCAAAGAAUCUCAAGAAGACCAAUCCCCCGAAGAAUGAUGCACGUUCAAAGGUCAACAAAGAUCUCAUGUCCCAGCUCGCAGCUAUGCAGAAGAAGUUGGAUGCUGCCACCAAGGGAUCUGAUUCAUCCCGGGCUUCAGUGAAGACACCAAUGAAGACACCCUCAAAUCCCAAAAGGCGUGCUCCCUCCCCAGUGACAGCCUCGGAAGGUUCUUCCGAUGCUGAUGCCUCGGGGGAGUCGGAAGAUGGUGACAAGGGUUGCGAGGGGUCAGACAAGGAACCCACUGAUGCAUUCCUGACACGUCUGGUGCGGCAAAGUGAAAGGCUGAACAAGAGCACCCGAACGAAGAAGAGACGUUGGCUCACGGAGGAGAUGAUGAGGCAAUACAUCAAAGACGUGGUGAAGUUCUGCGGAAAAAAAGGGAAUGAGUCUCUGGUCCGGAAGGACAAGUACAACCGGAAGAUCAACAAGUACCACGUUGACGUGGAGGAGGGCGACUCGGACUUGGACGAGGACAUGGAGCGAGAGAUCAAGACUUCCAGCAAGGAGAUCCAAAAAAAGGUCAAGUUCCAGGCCUUGGACCCAAAGAAGCGCAAGGGUAAGCAGGCUCCUGAGCAGGCUCCAGAAGAGUCGGAACCCGACACUGCUGACGAAGCCAACGAUGGGGCGCAGGAGUGA